AACUGUGUCACUUGGCAAGAGUGGAUAGUCAGUGGACAUUUAAUUCAAGUAUAUUCAAGACCAAGUAUUCACCAAGACCAGAGCACUUACUUUGCGAUGUCGUUGAAAGAAUCAUCACCAAUUCGGGUGAAUCCCGAUCUGAGGAAAGAGCGAGAAAAGGCUUCAUUCAAUAUUUCUGAACUUACUUACAUUAUUGACAGGGGUGAAGAUAAAACAAAUCGCAGACGGUAUCUAGUGUCCUUGGCAUUAAAUGAUCCUGAUUUUAAUGAGACGAAUAUGAACUUCCUCAGUCGUGAUGAGCAGUACUCCAGCGUCGUCAGAAGAUCUGUACACAUUGUCCAAAAACUGAGAAAAAUGAAAUUAACAGACCUUAAGGAUCAGUUUAUAUAUAAAGCAGCUGCUCUGCGUGGCCAUGGCAGUAUUUUUGCAAUUCAUGAUUUAAUGCUGAUACCAAUGCUACAAAACUUUGCCACUGAUGAACAGAAGAAAAUAUUUCUUUCCAAAGCAUUGAACUAUGAGAUAACUGGUACAUACCUACAAACUGAACUUGGUCAUGGUACAUUUGUACGUGGUUUGGAGACUACUGCCACCUAUGAUCCUGAACACCAAGAAUUUGUAAUAAAUAGCCCUACUCUGACUUCUACAAAAUGGUGGCCAGGAAUGUUGGGCAAAUCAGCCAAUUUUGCUGUUGUCAUGGCUCAGCUUUAUAGCAAAGGUAAACAUUGUGGUUUGCAAUCAUUUCUUGUACCAUUGAGAAGUUUUGAAGACCAUCGACCACUUCCGGGUGUGACUCUUGGUGACAUUGGACCUAAAUUUGGUGCAGAAAGUAAUGACAAUGGAUUUUGUAGAUUUGAUCAUGUCAGAAUACCAAGAAUAAAUAUGCUGUCUAAGUAUGCCACGAUAUCACCAAGUGGUAUUUACAGUGCACCAGUAAGUGAUAAAAUAAUAUACGGUGCUAUGGUCUUAACACGAAUAACUUUAGUCGCAGCGGCUGCACGAGUUCUCUCUUUUGGCUGUACUAUCGCUAUAAGAUACAGUGCUGUGAGAAGACAAACGGAACUGACUCCCGGAGGAGAGGAACCACAGAUCAUUUACUACCAGUCUCAGCAGUUGAAACUUUUCCCACCAUUGGCUACAGCCUAUGCAUUUCUCUUUGCUGCCCAUAACAUACGAGAUAGAUGUGACCAAAUACAGGAUGACAUCAUUGCAGGAAAUAUGUCAUCUAUACAAGAGUUACAUGGUCUGUCAUCUGCUAUGAAAGGUUUCUCAUCUUUAUCUGCAACCUCUUGGUUAGAAACACUACGAUUGUCUUGUGGCGGCCAUGGUUACUCUCACGCUAGUGGAUUCCCGAACUUAUAUACAAAUGCAACUGCUUUAGUUACUGUAGAAGGCGAAUACUCAGUAAUGAUGCUACAGACUGCCAGAUACCUAAUAAAAUGUAUAUCCAUGGCAACAUCAGGAGAUAAACUGCCGAGUCUUGCAUUGUACUUGACUUCACCGCCACCAGCUAAAUGUUCAGCUAGAUCCUCUACAGAUUUCUUAAAUUUAGAUUUGCUGGUUGAUGCAUAUACACACAGAGCUUUCAGAUUGGUAAGUGUUGCUGGUAAAACACUGCAGUCUAAGAUAGUAUCUGGUAAACCACACCAUAUAGCGUGGAAUGAAUCUCACAUUGAGUUAUUGAAAGCAGCAGAGGUUCACUCUCACUACUAUGUGGUAAAGAACUAUGUGAAUUCUGUGAAACAGCUGACCAUGUCACAACCAUUGAAAAGCGUAAUGAUCAGUCUCUGUCAGUUGUAUGCAUUACAUGGUAUACAACAAAGUGCUGGGGAUUUCCUACAGGAUGGUUACAUGAAUGGUAAUCAAAUCGCCAUGGCAACAGAGCAAAUGCUUUUGUUGCUGGAUGUGAUACGCCCUAAUGCAGUAGCGUUGUGUGAUGCCUUUGACGUGCCCGAUGAGCUAUUAGGAUCUAUACUAGGAAGAUAUGAUGGAAAUGUCUAUGAAAAUAUGUAUCUUUGGGCUAAAAGUUCUCCAUUGAACAAAACUGAGGUUCAUGAGUCUUACUACCAAUACCUCAAGCCGAUGUUAAAAGGAUCCAAGCUGUAGACCAAGUUGACCAAGCAAGAACUGAAAUAUAUGGGUUAUAAAUCCACUUAGAGUACAAUAAAUUGAUGAUAUCAAUCAUAUAACGGUGCUUAUCUGUUCUGGGCCCAACAAUAUAUGAGAGAGCAAAUACAACAAUACAAGAUUAAUAUAUAACUGCUGUGUAAUAAUACUUUUAUGAGUGAUUCAAAAAAAAUAAGAUAUUUUUUAAAUAUAUGUAGUUUUAAAACCCAAAUGAAAAAU